CCAGCAGACUCCCUGCUGAGCAUGGAGCCUGAUGUGGGGCUUGAUCUCAUGACUCCGAGACCAUGACUUGAGCCAAAAUCAAGAGCUGGACACUUAACCACACUUAACCGACUGAGCCACUCAGGCGCCCCAUUUGCCAGAAUUUAUAGCUGAAGUGAUCCCAUAUAAAAAUCUUGAUUUCUGACUUUUCUGGAAAAUGGAAAGAUCUGGCAACACCUGGUUCAUAUAAUUGCCGGUCCAUGGCUGAAAGAGCAGAGUACUUACUUUCCUCCUCAUUAUCUCUGUAGGAAGGUAGAUCUAGCCACUGUAAACAUUUCUACCCUACGGAGGUUUGGGUCUCUUGAUUGCUCAGUCUGGUGGGAUUCACACUCCAUCCUAGGGCUGCUCCAUGAAUAAUAACACCUUGUCUCUGGGUCAUGAUAAAUUUUUACCCCACAACUGUCCAGAGCUUUGUGAUUGCUUUAUUUGGAAAGUGCAUCUUUGGCUCCAGAAAUCUCUUCACUGGGUGGUAGCUCCUUGCCCUUCUUAGAAGGCUUUAUGGCCCCAGACCUCUAAAAAUUCUGCCUUCACUCCUAUUUGGUUCAUCUACAGCAUAGUCAGUGGAACUUUUUAAGACUAAUUCUCUUGGAGGAAAAGCUUGGCUUUACUUGACCAUCUAAGCUAGUAGCUGGGUCUGUUGUUCCAAUGGCAGCCACCAUCAUUCUGAGCCAAUCUGUCUCAGAUUAAGUCCUGCUGAUAACAGUUGUCCAUCCAAAUGACUAGAUUCUCUAUGAUGGCUUCCCCCAGGUUGCCUCACAGAGAGAACUUUUAGAAUCCUAUCACUUCCUGAUACUAGCAAAUGAUUAUGUGCAUUGUAAAUAUAAUAGUUCCCCACAACAGCAAGGAAUAUCCUCCCCCUCCCUUUUUUAAAAAUGAAAUCACCGAAAAGGUGAUUUUCAAAGGUAGAGAUAAUAUGAAAUGGGAUGGAAAGCAAAUGUUUUGGAAGCCAAAUUGAGUAAAAAAGAUUUCAACAGUUGGGGAUGACUUGCUAAAAGAAAUAAAAUGGAAUUUGAAGGAUAAAUGUGUAGUCUUGAACUGCAGUUAAAAAAAUCGUAUCUUCAAGCUCAAGGUUGGAGAUACGUGCCUUAACGGUGGUUCAUGCUUGGACAUUGAGGAUUCUAUUUGACUGAGGACCAUCGUGACCUGAGUGAUAAGAAGUGAUGUGCCCUUAGAUGUGUUCAUUGAGCCCUGACAGCCUGUGAGCCUAAUGCAUUGUGUUUGACUAGCAUACUGAUUUUGAAAAAUUGGCAGUGGAAUCCCUUUGGGGAAGGCAUUUAUGGUACACCCCCAAUUCUUAAGGUUUUUGUGUUUACGGAUGGUCCUCCUCCCCCCGCUCCCUUAUAGUAGCACUCUCCUGGGGGCACUGGGGUCCAUUUCGAGCCCACAUGUUGAGAGAGAAUUAACAAAGGAAGGGGGUCAAGAAGAGGAUGAUGCAGAUAGGAAAGGAAUCAGACACCAGUUUAUGUCAUAAUCACUGAGAGAACCACAGCUCUCUACCUGGUCCAAUACCUGAAGGACUGUCAUGUGGAAGAGGAGUUAGAUGCAGUCCUUCUCGUGGAACAUUUAUAGACUACGCGCCUUCAGUCACCGGGCUGAGAGGAUACAGAGAGGAGCAAGUUGGUCUCUGUCUCCGAGGCCGAGUUUACCGCAGAGCAGAGGGGACCCACAGAGAUGGCUGUAAAGCACACAGUCUCUGCGGUUCUCCAGAAGACAGAAGGGAAGAGACCGACUUUAGCUGGGCUUAGAAAGGCCUUUCCUCAUUUCCUCACGAUUAAAGCCCUCCCCCAAUGGAAUGGGCUGCCUUAAAAACUUGCCAGCAGUUGUAUUUCCAGCUGUUGACGACAAGCUACAGGAGUUUGGAAUGAGGGUUGCAGUAGAUGACUUUUCUCCCUCUGUUAGUGUAUGGUCCCAAGACCACCAACCUGCUUUCCUUCACUUACCCAGAGAGAGUGGUCACCAUAUGAAAUGCUUGUGGGUUGUACUCAGCAUUUUGGGCAGACCACACGGGGAAGGGUGUUGGUUUGCAGGGUUUCCGAGUGUGGAAUUGCACUGAUGUGUCGUCUGUCUUCUGGAAUCGCCAACGCCGGCAGGCAGGGCCCAGCUGUAGUUUUUAUUCAUGGACCUGGGAGAAGAAGCAAAGGGCGUAUUUGGCAGCCAUGGCACAGGGUAUGAGAGUGAUAACCACACGACGCCCAUCCUCUGCGGCGCCCAGUACAGAAUACACACCCACGGCGUCUUCAGGGGCAUUCAGGAUGUGCGACGUGUGCCCGGAGUUGCCCCGACUCUUGUCCGGUCGGCAUCUGAGACCAGUGAGAAACGCCCCUUCAUGUGUGCUUACCCGGGCUGCAAUAAGAGAUAUUUUAAGUUGUCACACUUACAGAUGCACAGCCGGAAGCACACUGGUGAGAAACCAUACCAGUGUGACUUCAAGGACUGUGAACGAAGGUUUUCUCGUUCAGACCAGCUCAAAAGACACCAAAGGAGACACACAGGUGUGAAACCAUUCCAGUGUAAAACUUGUCAGCGAAAGUUCUCCCGGUCUGACCACCUGAAGACCCACACCAGGACUCAUACAGGUAAAACAAGUGAAAAGCCCUUCAGCUGUCGGUGGCCCAGUUGUCAGAAAAAGUUUGCCCGCUCAGACGAAUUAGUCCGCCAUCACAACAUGCACCAGAGAAACAUGACCAAACUCCAGCUGGCGCUUUGAGGGGGUCCGACUGGGGAACACAUCUGUGUCCCAGGCAGGACAGUGUGUGAACUCCUUGCAAAUCUGACUUAAAAAUUCCUCCUCACUCACCUCUCUGAGAAGGAAAUGGCAGGUGGUCUUCUUCAUCCAGCUUCCAAGACAAGAUGCCUGUACUACUGGAUCCUACCAGGUUUGCCCGGAGGCGUUGGGCUCUGCUUGGCUUGUUUUAGUUGACUCAGAGGCCCUGGAGAAGUGGCUGACAAUGUCCAGUUAGUUAAAAUCCCAUCUCUGCCAUUUGGUCUGGAUUUUCCACUGUAAGAAAAGCCAUUGUUGAUAAUGUCCCCCCACCCCCUCUUCUCCUUUUACACUCCUUUUCACUAGGAAUGGAGUCAUUGUACCAUUUUCCAUCAUAGAAUAUUUAUAGGCCAGGGCAUGUGUAUGUGUCUGCUAAUGUAAACUUUGCCAUGGUUUCCAUUUACUAACAGCCAGAAAUAAAUCAGAGAGCAAGGCACUGGGGCUGAGUCCCAUCCGACAUUCCGGAGGUUAGGCAGGCCGCUAACGUGGAAGGCAGGAUGUAAUGCUACCAGGCACCUUAAAAAACGUGUGCGUUUCUAGCAGCUGAAGAAAGAAUCAGAACUAACCAGUACCUCUGCAGAAAAAUCUAAAACAACCUUCCAGUUCAACUAAUUCAAUGUUAACAUUAGCACAAUGCUGUUGAGAAAUUGUCCUUGGAGAUCUGAGAUUUUGGUUUUGUUUAUUUUCGACUUUUUUGAGUUGUAAUCACGUGCAUCUUCAGAGAUGUACAUAUCUCCUCACACAAAGGAAGUGGAAUUCAUUUUUAUCAUCUGGGGUGUCCUUAGAGUGUACAGACCACGAUGGGUAUGUGGCUUCAAGUUGUAAAAAUUAAAGUGAUUCUAGAAGAAAAUUGGGCUGGUCCAGGAUCUCCACUGAUUAAGACUGUUGUUAAGUAACUUUGAGUCUACCAGUGUAUGUGACAGAAUGAGACUUACUAGUGUGAGGAAAUCCAUUGUUUAACGGUGGUUGAGUGUGUGUGUGUGUGUGUGUGUGUGUGUGUGUGUGUGUGUGUGUGUGCAUGUGUGUGCUUAAAGGAGGGUGUUUAUUAUUUACUGUUGCUUGAAAUUACUGUGUAAAUAUAUAUAUCUGAUAAUGAUUUGCUCUUUGACAACUAAACUUAGGAAAUGUAUAAAUGUUAGAUGCAUCACUGUUUUGGUGUUGAUCUUACAACGUAUCAAUGAUAACACUAAAAAUGUAACCUGCAUUUUUCACUUCACUCUCAAUUAAAGUCUAUUCAAAAG